CCUCGUUUCUUUCCCCGCGGCGUUUGGUCUGCUCGGCGAUCCCUUAACCAUGCCGUUGUCAGCGCCGCUUCUGCGUCGUCGUCAGCGCAGCAGCCGGCAGUCCCAACGGGCACGGGGGAGGGGUCAAGGCUUGGUGGACAAUGGCAAAUGGGUGGCGGCCAUGUCUCCCAGAUAAUGGAGGAGGAUGGACGGAAAUGGACCAAAGAAGAAGUGUACGAGGACUUUUUGAAGCUGAGAGAUGGGGUGAAUGCGUCCCUGGCAGCCCGCUCACAAACGAACCACUCUCACUCUCACACGUCCCACGCUUAUGGCAACAUUGUCACAGAUGCAUCAUCACUAUCAAAUCCACAACUGGAACAAGUAUAUAGAAGCCUGAACGAGGUGACGGAAGAGGAGCUUCUGGCAUUUAAGGCCUACUUGGAUUUAUUGAUAGCGAUAUUCUCCCUCACCGAGUUUGUUGAGCUUGACGACAGCCCGCAAGUCUGCACACAGAAGGCAGUGCAGGAGUAUCACAGGAGGAGGGCCCAGGGAGUACUAGCAGACCUGGCCACCUUCCACGCCCUCCUUGCUUUGUCUUGCCACGUGGAUCACAAGACGACUUUGGAGCUGUAUGCGCUGAUGCGGAAGGAAGGUCUGCAGCCUAACGACGACACUUUUCAGCUUCUGUUCAAAUCUGCUUGCAUCGCUGGGGAUAUGAGUUCUCUCAAGCCGAUCGUCCGGGAAGUUGAUGGUUCCCUUGACGAGGAAAGCUACUCUUCCAGCAGUAUUGAUCUCUACCACAUUUUAAUUAACCGGGGUAGAAAUGGUUCACAGGAGGAUAUUGAACUAGCCUGGCGUUUCUACCAAGGGAUGGAAUCGGACAAGAUUGCCCGACCCAAUGCCGAGACCUUCAACAUCCUCAUCAAAGUCAACCUGCAGGCAGGGGAUCACGAGGGGGCGUUGCGAGCAUACAAGCUGAUGUCAGCGAGUGGGUUUGCACGCGACUUGAGUCCCGAGUUCUGGAACAAGCUCAUCCACGCCGUGGCUGCCGUGCCCUCCGCCCCUGCCUACGUGGCCUACGGGUGCUACGAUGGCAUGCAGAGGUGGGGGCCCGAGCCCGACGAGGCAACGUACCUGGGGCUCAUGGCAGUGUGUGCCAGGGAUGGCGAUGCAGCACGGGCGAUGGCACUGAGGAGGGAGAUGGAGGAUGGGGGCUUGGAGGUCACAGCAGCAGUUUUCCAUGCACUGAUAAGUGUGCAGGGCAAGGCGGGGGCAUGGGAGGCAGCAGUAGAGACAUUCAGGGAGAUGCAAACCGCAGCUAAGGGCGAGCUUGAGCACCCCCUCCAUCCGUCACAGGCCACUUACACGCGGCUCUUUGACGCCUGCUUUGGCCCCGAGGGAGCUGACGCUGCCAUACAGGGCGUGGUGCAGGAGGGGCAAACGCUCACGUUCACUCCAGCGCUACAAGCAGCAGUGUCGAUCUUCAGGGAGGCAGCAACUGAUGGCGCCUUCCCACCCGCCUUGACUGCAGACCCUUUCACGCUUUACGUGGUCGACUGCACUCGCUCUGUUGCGGCUGUGGCUCUGCUCUCUCUGCUUCUGCGUCUCGCCUCUUCCUCCAUUACUGGCCAUGAUGCCUCGUCGCUGCAAAACCUGGUUGUUGCGACGGCAACCUUGCAGGCACAGACACAAGCAACGGGCAAGGCCCCACCACAGGAGGAGCCGACCACAGAGCUCCAAGGGACAAUGGAGGCAAUGCUGCAGGCGCUAGGGCUGAAGGGAGAGAGGCUGCAUGCCACGAGCGCGCUGCAGGGGCUGUGUGUUGACAGGGAGGACCUGCGCCUGUGGCUCGAGACACAGGCUGCUCUCGUGUUCCUGGCAUGA